AUGGCUGGCGAAAGCCUAAUCCAAACCAACCCCACGAGCUCAUCCCGCGCCCUCCCUUUCGCCAACUUUGGCUCAGCCUCUUGCACGCUCGGCCGGUCGAUCGUGCUUGCGUUGGGCCGCAUCGUCGCAUCGCCUCGUGCCUCCCCCACCGCCUUGGAUGCGCACCCCCUCGAAAGAAAUUGGAUUCAUCCGAAAUACACGGUCGCCCUCGCUCCCCCCAAAAAGCCCGACUCUGCAUCCCACGCCAAAACAAUGAAUGCCAAACCGGACGACACGCUCACAACAUCGAUCCGACCGAAUCCAUCCCGUUGCUCAUCGCUCCUGGUCUCGUCUCGUCUCGUCUCGGCCGCGCCGCGCCGCGCCCGCUCGCUUUCGAAUCGAAUCCAAAGUCGACUUUGCAUCAAUAUCCGGUGGACCUUCACCUCGCCCUCGCCCUCGCCCACGCCGCCCCUCCUGCUCAGCCUUCUGGCCCCCCAGACCCUCGCGGGAGCUUGGCUUGCAUUGCAUCGCUCCGCGCCGCCCCGUCUCGCCUCGCCUCAACGCUUCCGAUCCCCGCUCGCCCCUCAAAAUACGUAUAAAGUAGCCCCCCUCGCCCUUGCGCGCCCCACUCCCCCUCUUCUCUUUUACAACCAUCACCUCAAGCCAAACUCAACAAAGAUGGCUCGUACCAAGCAGACAGCCCGAAAGUCCACGGGUGGUAAGGCCCCCCGUAAGCAGCUCGCCACCAAGGCCGCACGCAAGUCGGCCCCCGCCGCCGGUGGUGUCAAGAAGCCUCACCGCUACAAGCCCGGUACCGUCGCCCUGCGUGAGAUUCGUCGCUACCAGAAGUCGACCGAGCUCCUCAUCCGCAAGCUGCCCUUCCAGCGUCUUCUCCUCAUCCGCAAGCUGCCCUUCCAGCGUCUUGUGCGUGAGAUUGCCCAGGACUUCAAGACCGACCUCCGCUUCCAGUCGUCGGCUAUCGGUGCCCUCCAGGAGGCUGCCGAGGCCUACCUCGUGUCGCUGUUCGAGGACACCAACCUGGCUGCUAUCCACGCCAAGCGUGUCACCAUCCAGCCCAAGGACAUCGCCCUCGCGCGACGACUGCGUGGCGAGCGAUCCUAA